AUGACGAGCUUCAGCAGCACCAUGACAGAAUUCACUGUGGGGGAGAAGUACAGACUGGUAAGGAGGAUCGGGUCCGGCUCCUUCGGAGUGGUUUAUCACUCGGUUAAUAUCACCAAUGGAGAGGAAGUGGCAGUGAAACUAGAGUCACAGGAUGCCAAGUACCCCCAGUUACUGAUUGAGAGCAAGUUCUACAAGCUUCUGCAGGGUGGGGUUGGCAUCCCCCGUAUAAAGUGGUUUGGUCAGGAUAGAGGCUAUAAUGCCCUAGUCAUGGAUCUUCUGGGACCUAGCCUGGAAGACCUCUUCAAUUUCUGUUCACGGAAGUUCACCAUGAAAACUGUUCUUAUGUUGGCUGACCAGAUGAUCAGUAGAAUUGAAUACGUUCACACAAAGAACAUCAUACACAGAGACAUUAAGCCGCAAAACUUCCUUAUUGGUACAGGGCGCCACCGCAAUAAAGUAUUCCUUGUUGAUUUUGGCUUGGCCAAAAAGUAUAUAUCCAGCAGCACCAGGAAGCACAUACCAUACAGAAAACUUAAAUACCUCACUGGCACUCCUCUGUAUGCGGCCAUCCACACACAUCUUGGCAUUGAGCAAAGUCGCCGAGAUGACAUGGAGUCAAUAGGAUAUGUUUUAGUGUAUUUUCUUAGAAGUGGUCUACCCUGGCAAGGAAUAAAGGCUGCCACAAAGAAACAACACCGUGAAAAAGUUAUUGAAAAGAAGAUGUCCAUUUCUGUAGAAGUUUUAUGCGAAGGAUUACCUGCCGAGUUUGCUACUUACUUUAAGUAUUGUCAUGCACUGCACUUUGAUGAAACUCCGGAUUACAGAUAUCUGAGGCAGCUAUUCCGCUCGCUUUUGGAGACCCUGACUGACCCAUGUGACUGCACCUUUGACUGGGCACUGUUAAAGCAGGAUGUAGCACAGCAGUCGGAUUCUUGCAGUGAAUAUGGUCAGCAGCCCAAAUUCACUUAG